AGCGCGAGCGAGUGAGCGAGCGAACGCCGGGGAGGGGGCCGGGAGCGAGGGGGCAGCUCGGGAGCAGCCGGAGCGGUAGCGGCGGCGGCGGCGGCGAGGCUCGGCGCCCUCUUCUCUGCAAACCAUGUUUGCCAAAGGCAAAGGCUCGGCGGUGCCCUCGGACGGGCAGGCUCGGGAAAAGUUAGCUUUAUACGUCUACGAAUAUUUACUGCACGUAGGAGCACAGAAAUCUGCACAGACCUUCUUGUCGGAGAUUCGAUGGGAAAAAAACAUCACGUUGGGAGAACCGCCUGGGUUUUUGCACUCGUGGUGGUGCGUAUUUUGGGACCUUUACUGUGCAGCUCCUGAAAGGCGAGACACUUGUGAACAUUCAAGUGAAGCAAAAGCCUUUCAUGAUUACAGCGCAGCCGCCGCCCCGAGCCCAGUGCUUGGCAACAUUCCCCCCAACGAUGGGAUGCCGGGAGGCCCCAUCCCACCAGGUUUCUUUCAGGGUCCUCCGGGGUCACAGCCCUCGCCGCACGCACAGCCUCCACCUCACAAUCCCAGCAGCAUGAUGGGACCCCACAGUCAGCCUUUUAUGUCACCGCGAUACGCAGGCGGCCCCCGGCCCCCGAUCAGAAUGGGAAACCAGCCUCCCGGAGGAGUUCCUGGGACACAGCCACUGCUGCCCAAUUCCAUGGAUCCCACGCGACAACAAGGGCACCCCAACAUGGGAGGAUCAAUGCAGAGAAUGAACCCUCCCCGAGGCAUGGGGCCCAUGGGGCCCGGCCCACAGACUGACGCUUGGUUAUCGUUGCAGAAUUACGGCAGCGGCAUGAGACCACCACCCAACUCCCUUGGCCCCGCCAUGCCCGGGAUUAACAUGGGCCCGGGAGCUGGCAGACCCUGGCCCAAUCCUAACAGUGCUAACUCAAUUCCAUAUUCCUCCUCAUCACCCGGCACCUACGUGGGACCCCCUGGUGGUGGCGGCCCCCCAGGAACACCCAUCAUGCCUAGUCCUGCAGAUUCAACAAAUUCCAGUGACAACAUCUACACAAUGAUUAACCCGGUGCCGCCUGGAGGCAGCCGGUCCAACUUCCCGAUGGGUCCAGGCUCGGACGGCCCGAUGGGGGGCAUGGGUGGCAUGGAGCCACACCACAUGAACGGCUCGUUAGGGUCAGGUGACAUAGAUGGACUUCCAAAAAAUUCUCCUAACAACAUAAGUGGCAUUAGCAAUCCUCCAGGCACCCCUCGAGACGAUGGUGAGCUAGGAGGGAACUUCCUCCACUCCUUCCAGAACGACAAUUAUUCUCCAAGCAUGACGAUGAGUGUGUGAUCCCCCCUCCUCUUCUCUGAGACGCUGAGAGAGCCGGCAUUGCAGGCGGGAAGAUGCCAGAAAUUAUGCAAGAAGAAGUGAGGUGUCAUUACCCAGGAGCUGGGGGAGGGGCAUCUCCUGCUCCCCCUCAACCCUCCCCCUCCCCUCCCCAACCUUUCUCAAUUUUAGUUCCAUGCAAUAAAAAGGCCGAACUUUUUAUUCCAUAAAACAUGAAGGACAAAACUCAAAAAUACAUUUCAAGUCAAUGACCAGAAAAAUCCCACCCCUUGCCCUUUCCCAAAAGGACCUUUUAUGUACAUGACACAUCUUUUUUGUUUUUUGUUUGGGGUUUUACCGUUGUUGGGAUUUUUUUAAUUUGUUUUCAGGGGGGUUUUUUGGGGGAAAAAUUUUUAAAAAUGGAAGCUUCUAGCAAGCCCCCCCACCCCAGUCAACCUCUUUGCUUUCUUCUUUAAAAAAAAAAAAAAAAGGACAAAAAAAAGCAAAAAAUGAAAAACAAAAAACAAAAACCCGAGCCCUGUUGUCUGUCUGUACCCAAGCCCUUCCACCAGGAAAGCUAGUCUAGGUGUGAGAUCUCACCUGUCUUUGUAGCCAUCUAAAAAUAAUAAUAAUAAUUAUAAUAAACUGGGCAGUUUACAAUC